AUGUAUUGCUUGAAAUGCCUAAAGUACUUUGAAAAAACUUACGGCGAGAAGCAAAGGAACUGCAAGGAGUGUGAGGGUGUGCUGUACCACGAGUGCAAGGCGUGCGAGAAACGCUACCGCAACUACUGCGACAUGACCAUGCAUUUGAAGUACGACUGCAACGAGGAAAAAGUUCUCGCGUGCAAACAGUGCGAGUAUACAACGUCACGUCGGGCUCGCUUGAACGAUCAUUACAAGGCCAUGCACACCGUCACCGACAGCAAAGACUUUAUCAACUGUCCCAAGUGCCAGAGGUCCUUUCGCUUCGUGCGUUACCUGCGCUGGCAUCUGGUCCACGAAUGCGGGGACGAAAAUUGGAACUACUGUCCCGAAAAGAACUGCGAUUUCAAGACUAAGUAUGCCACUUCGUUGCGCAAACACAUGAACAUCCACUAUCGGGACGAGAGCGUGACCAACGACUGUGCCAAGUGUGGAAAGAAAUACAAGACUCGUGGAGCCAUGCUGAAUCACGUCCGAAAUCUUUAUUAA